GAUAGAUGUAGAACAGAUUGAGACUUCAACUGUCUCUUUCUUGUUUUGUUUUGUUUUUUAUGAUUAAGAUUGAGGACCAGGCAAUGCAUGCUGCUGCGUCAUUUACAUUUUUAGAUUAUUUGAUUCAGAAAUUGAUGUUUUUCUAACACUGCUUUGUUGAAAUGUUUCGAUUAGUUGUACGACUCGGGCAAUCUGUCAGUGCCUCUCGUCCAAGCAGUCUUUCACUGACUACACGAUUUAAAAAUUCAUGCCAUCUGAAGAGAUAUCACAUCCAAGUUCAGGGUCGGAUGCGAGCAUUAUGUUAUGCCACCAAUUUUAAUUUAAGAAAUAAUGGUGAACGACUCUUGCAAAGGCACCACCUCUCCAGCUUCUAUCAGACCGCGCGCUCCUAUGGACUACCACCUCAUCAAGAGGUGCAGUUGCCUGCCCUAUCUCCCACCAUGCAGUUAGGCACCAUUGCUCGUUGGGAAAAAAAAGAGGGAGACAAGAUCAGUGAGGGAGACCUUAUUGCAGAGGUGGAGACUGAUAAGGCAACAGUCGGCUUUGAGAUGGUAGAAGAGUGUUACUUGGCCAAGAUUCUUGUCCCAGAGGGUACCAGAGAUGUACCAGUUGGCUCAGUCAUCUGUAUCACAGUCGACAGUGCUGACCUCAUUCCGGCUUUCAAGGACUACACUCUGGAUAUGGCUACUGACACAGCUCCCCCGACUGCUGCUGCUGCUCCCACAUCUCCAGCACCUGCCCAACCUGCUCCUGCACCUCCUCAGGCACCAGGCAGCUCUUACCCCCCACACGUAAAGGUGCUGCUGCCUGCUCUCUCUCCCACUAUGACCGUGGGCACGGUCCAGCGCUGGGAGAAGAAAGUUGGGGAGAAGCUCAGUGAGGGAGACCUCUUGGCUGAGAUUGAAACAGACAAGGCCACUAUUGGGUUUGAGGUACAGGAAGAGGGUUACCUAGCGAAGAUUAUGGUACCUGAGGGCACCAGGGAUGUACCCCUUGGCACUCCACUCUGCAUCAUUGUGGAGAACGAAGCAGACAUCAAGGCCUUUGCAAACUAUGUGGAGACAGGUGGGGUUGAGUCUCUAAGCCCACCUGCAGCCCCAACCCCUGUUGCAGCUCCUACUCCUGUGGCUCCUGCUUCAUUCUCUACACCUCCACCCAGUCCAGCUUCAGCAGGGCUCAGAAAGGGCAGAGUGUUUGUUAGUCCGCUUGCCAAAAAACUGGCUGCUGAAAAAGGCAUUGACUUGAGUCAGGUCACAGGUUCAGGACCAGAUGGCAGAAUCACAAAGAAGGACAUUGAGAGUUUUGUCCCACCAAAGAUUUCCCCAGCUCCGACUGCUGCUGCUGAUGCUCAAAGUCCUGUUGUAGCAGCACCCACUCCUGCAGCAGCAGCAGCAGCAGCAGCAGCAAUGCCUACAGGAGCUUUCACUGAUGUUCCCAUCAGCAACAUUCGCAGGGUUAUUGCUCAGAGGUUGAUGCAGUCCAAACAGACCAUUCCUCACUACUACCUUUCUGUAGAUGUCAACAUGGACCAGGUCCUGGAGUUGAGAAAGGAACUGAACCACGAGUUGAAGGCUGACAACAUGAAACUGUCAGUCAAUGAUUUCAUCAUCAAAGCCUCAGCUCUGGCAUGCGAGAAAGUUCCAGAGGCAAACUCUUCUUGGAUGGAUACAGUCAUUCGUCAGCAUCAUGUAGUAGACAUCAGUGUUGCUGUCAGUACACCCAGUGGCCUCAUUACUCCCAUUGUCUUCAAUGCUCACAUCAAAGGCCUGUCUGCAAUAAGUAAAGAUGUUAGUUCUUUGGCAGCCAAGGCAAGAGAGGGCAAGCUACAGCCUCAUGAGUUCCAGGGUGGCACUUUCACCAUCUCCAACUUGGGCAUGUUUGGCAUUAAGAACUUUUCGGCCAUCAUUAAUCCUCCUCAAGCCUGCAUUCUGGCUGUAGGGGGUUCAGAGAUGAGACUUCUACCUGCUGAUAACGAGAAAGGGUUUGAACUGGCCAGUAUGGUGUCUGUGACUCUGAGCUGUGACCACAGGGUGGUGGAUGGUGCAGUGGGGGCCCAGUGGCUUGCAGAGUUUCGGAGGUUCCUGGAGAGACCUGUCACUAUGUUACUCUGAUCUGAUCUUAUCACAUCCGCCCUCUCUCUCUCAGAGACUCUCUCAGAGACAUUCCACUCAGGCAGCCUACUUUCACCGAAACAAAUUAAGCAUUUUUUCCUCUCUUUCUCUUAAACGACACAUACACCUGGCUAGAACAAAACUCAACAAAAUUCACCAUUACUGUCAUCCAUGUGUUAAGCAAUGCCACAUAGUUUGUCAUGAUUCAAUAUCUGAAUUUAACUUAUUUUUUGGCACCUUCUCCACCUUAAUGUUCUUGUGCAGACAUCCUGCUAUUUUAGUGACGCACGAUAAUGUGAGAAUAAUCUCACAUUAGAAAACACACAUACCUGAAUGCCAGUAAAUGUUUUGACAUUUCUUAACAGUGUUAUGUCAUGCCCCUCAUACAGCAAACACAACAAAGGAUAAAUAUUAUAAAUGUAGGAGAAAAGAAUAAAUUAACAAGUGCUUAGGAACAAAGUCCCUUUAAAAAAUACCUGCAUUGCCAUAAGCAGUAUUUUUUUCUUUGUCAGGAGAAUACAGUUAUAGUUGUACCAUAGAGAAUUAACCCAAAACAUGCAGCUAAUUUUGAAAAUGUACAAAAUCAGAAAUGUUGUAUUAUUACUUUGUUAGCUUUAUUAGCACUUAACUGACAGUAAUUUGUGUGUAAUUUAUUUUGAUACAAAUUAUUUAUUGUAUUUCAUGUUGAACAUGGCAUGUAAUGUGUGUGAACAAAUCCAACAAAGACACGGAAACUGGAUGCACAGAAACACAUUUGUGAAGUUUUGCCAAAAAUCCAGACACCAUUCAAGUCAUGGGCAUUGACUUGUAUACAAAAAAAAAACUGAUGUAAUUCUUCCACCUGGCACACUUGAAUGACAGAGCUUAUAUUAAGCCCUGGUGUGUAAACAUUCCUUUAGAUUACAGAUAACAUUUGUCAUCCAAAUGUAUACUGUAUAAUAAAAGUGAAUGUGCUGACUAA